AUGUCUUCAGACGAAGAAAUGGAGCCAGAAAAUGGCUCAGAAGUUCAACUAAUUUCCCAAAUGAUCACAGAAGUUGACAGUACAAUGGAUCCCGACAAAAUCGAGCGAGAUAUUCAAGACUUCUCAACUUUUGCCGAUGUUUCGGAUUGGAAAGGAAUUGUCAAGUAUUUUGAGGCACUAGUUAGUGUAACUAGUUUGGUAUCAAGUUAUGAGGAUUGGUCGAUGAGAUUUCGAAUUGUUGAUUAUUUGGUGGCUUGUGAGUUGUUUUGGGAGGAUUUUUGGGCUGAAAAUCGUGAAAAAUUAUGAAUUUUGAGCUAAAAAUCAUUAAAUUUGGUGAAAAUUGAUGAAUUUUGAGGUAAAUUUUAUGAUGAUUUUUCAUAGAAAAUUGAUGAUUUUUGACAAAUUUUGACCCAAAAAUCAAUAAAUUUGGUGAAAAAUGAAGAAUUUUAACAUAAAAUUGACAAAAAAUCGAUUUUUUGUGCCGAAAACUCUACAGUAACCUGCAAAAAAUUCAAAAUUUUUUGAAAAAUUCAAAUUUGGCGCCCUACAGUAGUCCUUGAAGUUUUUGGCGCGAAAAUUUGAUUUUUCUAAAAAUUUUUGAAUUUUCGAUUUUCGCGCCAAAACCCCUACAGUAACCUCCCAAAAAAUCGAUUUUUCGAAAAAAUUCAAAUUUCCACGUGAAAAAAAAUGGCGGAAAAUUUUUAUUUUUUAAAAAAUUAAUUCUAGGAAAUGCUCUGAAAAGGUACUGUAGGUGAUUUUUGGCUGAAAAUAAUUAAUUUCAGGUUAGAAUUGAGCAAAAAUGAGCAUUUUUGAUGAAUUUUGGCUCAAAAUGCUCCAAAUUUCAUGAUUUUUGGCUCAAAAAUGCUCCAAAUUUCAUGAAUUUUACUCAAAAAAAUGCAUUUUUCAUGAUUUUUAGCUCAAAAUGCUCCAAAUUUCAUGAAUUUUGGCUCAAAAAAUGCUCCAAAUUUUAUGAAUUUUGGCUCAAAAUGCUCCAAAUUUCAUGAAUUUUGGCUCAAAAUGCUCCAAAUUUCAUGAAUUUUGGCUCAAAAUGCUCCAAAUUCCACCAAAAAUCCCAAUUUUCCAGGUUUCGGAACCCUAAAAGAUGCCAUCACCGAUCAUACAUUGGAUUAUAUCGCAGCUCGAACAUCAGGAGCCGAAAUUCCCCGAAAUCCCGAACUUUGUCAAGCACUUCCCAUGUUUGUGCUAUUGGUUCAGCGAAUUACGGUGCAAUUACAGUUGUAUGUGAGCAAAAGGUGAGAAUUUUGGUGGAUUUUGGGGUGAAAAUAGGGAUUUUUGAUGAAUUUUGAGCCAAAAAUCGUGAUUUUUGGACUUUUUUGAGCCAAAAAACUUGAAAAAUGCUCAAUUUUGAUGAAUUUUGAGCCAAAAAUUGUGAAAAAUGCUCAUUUUUGAUGUAUUUUGGCACAAAAAUGUUCAAUUUUCAUCAAUUUUGAGCCAAAAAACAUGAAAAAUGCUCAUUUUUGAUGUAUUUUGGCACAAAAAUGUUCAAUUUUCAUCAAUUUUGAGCCAAAAAACAUGAAAAAUGCUCAUUUUUGAUGUAUUUUGGCUCAAAAAUGCCCAAUUUUCAGCCAAAAAUGCCCAAAUUUUCAGACAACGCGACGCGGCAGCGGAAAAAACCGGACGGAAAGGCAAACGUGUGGCGGCUGGUGAUUUGGAUGAGGAUGCGCAGGGAUGGUUGAAUGUGCAGAGAAAUCGGGUUGGUCUACAGUAAUCCUGCUCCAAAAUUCAAAACUAGACUGUAGUUAGACUCAAAAUGCUCAAAAUUUCAUUAGAAAUUCAAUUUUGAAGCCUAAAUUCUAAACUAGACUAUAGUUAGGCUCAAAAAAUUCAAUUUUUCUCAAACUAGACUAUAGUUAGGCUCAAAAUUCUCCAAAUUUCAUUAAAAAUCAAUUUUUAAGCUCUAAAUUCAAAACUAUACUAUAGUUGAGCUCAAAAAAUUCAAUUUUUCUCAGACUAGACUAUAGUUGGGCUCAAAAUGCUCCAAAUUUCAUUAAAAAUUUCAAUUUUUUAUCCCAAAUUCAAAACUAGACUAUAGUUAGGCUCAAAAUUUCAAAUUUUUCUCAGACUCAAUUUCAGGCUCAAAAAAUGCUCGAAAUUUUAAUGAAAAUUCUUGAUUUUUUGACCUAAAUUCAAAACUAGACUAUAGUUGAGCUAAAAAAAUUCAAUUUUUCUCAGACUAGACUAUAGUUAGGCUCAAAAAAUUCAAUAUUUCUCAAACUAGACUAUAGUUGAGCUCAAAAAAUUCAAUAUUUCUCAAACUAGACUAUAGUUGAGCUCAAAAAAUUCAAUAUUUCUCAAACUAGACUAUAGUUAGGCUCAAAAUGCUCCAAAUUUCCCCAUUUUUUCAGCUAAUCAAUUGCCUUUGUGAAAUUCUCCAACUCGAAGUCGAAAUCGAUCAAAAACAGUAUAAAAAUUGCGCAGAAUACGUCUGGAAACCCGACGCAAUCGAUCCAGAUUUCCUGAAAACCUUUGCCGACACUGUAUUUGGAGUUCUAGAAGAUCCCGAAUGUUUGAGAGUUUCGACACAAACUUGGCUGCAGAAGGUCUUUCAAAUUGUCAAGAUUUUAUCGAUUGAUUAUAAUCUGGCGGAUGGUGAGAGGUUUUGGCAGGAAAUUUGGGGAAAAAUGAUGAAUUUUGAGCUAAAAUUCAUGAAAAUCGAUGAAUUUUGACCUAAAAUUCAUGAAAAUCGAUGAAUUUUGACCUAAAAAUGAUGAAAAUUCAUGAAUUUUGACCUAAAAUUCAUGAAAAUCGAUGAAUUUUGACCCUAAAAUUCAUGAAAAUCGAUGAAUUUUGACCUAAAAAUGAUGAAAAUUCAUGAAAAAUCACCUAAAAAUGAUGAAAAUCGAUGAAUUUUGACCUAAAAUUCAUGAAAAUCGAUGAAUUUUGACCCUAAAAUUCAUGAAAAAUCGAUGAAUUUUGACCUAAAAUUCAUGAAAAUCGAUGAUUUUUGACCUAAAAAUGAUGAAAAUUCAUGAAAAAUCACCUAAAAAUGAUGAAAAUUGAUGAUUUUUGACCUAAAAUUCAUGAAAAUCGAUGAAUUUUGACCUAAAAAUUCAUGAAAAUCGAUGAAUUUUGACCUAAAAAUUCAUGAAAAUCGAUGAAUUUUGACCAAAAAUUCAUGAAAAUCGAUGAAUUUUGACCAAAAAUUCAUGAAAACUCAUGAAUUUUGACCUAAAAUUCAUGAAAAUUCAUGAAUUUUGACCUAAAAUUCAUGAAUUUUGACCUAAAAUUUGAGAAAUUCAUGAAUUUUGUGAAUUUUGACCUAAAAUCUCAUGAAAAUCUAUGAUUUUUGAUCUAAAAAUGAUCAAAAUUCAUGAGUUUUGACCAAAAAUGAUGAAAAUUCAUGAUUUUUGACCUAAAAUUCAUGAAAAAUCACCUAAAAUCACCUAAAAUUCACUCCAAAAUCCCAUUUUCUUCCAGAAAUGGCCAAAAGAUUGCUGGAAAAAUCGAUGAGUUUGGAAUAUUUGCGAGAAUCCGCUGCUACAACAUAUCCAUUCAUUGAACCGAUUGUUGCUAUCGGAUAUCAGCCCGGACAGCUCCGGAAUUCGAGUAAGUUGAUUUUGAGCCGGAAAUUUGAAAUCCCGGGGAGAUUUGGAGCAUUUUGAGACCAAAUAUGGUCUUGGCACGAAAAUUUGGGUACUGUAGGUGUUUUUAGCGGGAAAUUUGGAGCAUUUUGAGACCAAAUAUGGUCUUGCCACGAAAAUUUGGGUACUGUAGGUGUUUUUGGCGCGAAAUUUGGAGCAUUUUGAGCCCAAAUAUGGUCUUGACACGAAAAUUUGGAUACUGUAGGUGUUUUUGGCGGGAAAAUUUGAAAAUUCAAAUUUUUUUUUUGAAAUUUUGAAUUUCCCCCCCAAAAAUUCAUGGAUUACUGUAUUUUUUCCCGCCAUUUUUGAAAAAUUCAAAUUUUUUUAUUGAAAUUUUGAAUUUCCCCUCAAAAAAUUCAUGGAUUACUGUAUUUUUCCCGCCAUUUUUUAAAAAAUUCAAAUUUUUUUUGAAAUUUUGAAUUUCCCCCCCAAAAAAUUCAUGGAUUACUGUACUUUUUUCCCGCCAUUUUUUAAAAAUUCAAAUUUUUUUUUUCAAAAUUUUGAAUUUCCCCCCAAAAAUUCAUGGAUUACUGUAUUUUUCCCAGCCAUUUUUUAAAAAUUCAAAUUUUUUUGAAAUUUUGAAUUUCCCGCCAAAAAUUCAUGGAUUACUGUAUUUUUUCCCGCCAUUUUUUAAAAAUUCAAAUUUUUUUCGAAAUUUUGAAUUUCCCGCCCUCUAAAAUUCAUGGAUUACUGUACUUUUUCCCGCCAUUUUUUAAAAAUUCAAAUUUUUUUUCGAAAUUUUGAACCCCCCGCCCUCUAAAAUUCAUGGAUUACUGUACUUUUUCCCGCCAUUUUUUAAAAAAUUCAAAUUUUUUUUCGAAAUUUUGAACCCCCCGCCCUCUAAAAUUCAUGGAUUACUGUACUUUUUCCCGCCAUUUUUUAAAAAAUUCAAAUUUUUUUCGAAAUUUUGAACCCCCCGCCCUCUAAAAUUCACGGAUUACUGUACUUUUUCCCGCCAUUUUUUAAAAAAUUCAAAUUUUUUUUCGAAAUUUUGAACCCCCCGCCCUCUAAAAUUCAUGGAUUACUGUAUUUUUUCCCGCCAUUUUUUAAAAAUUCAAAUUUUUUUUUUGAAAUUUUGAAUUUCCCGCCCUCUAAAAUUCAUGGAUUACUGUACUUUUUCCCGCCAUUUUUUAAAAAUUCAAAUUUUUUUUUUGAAAUUUUGAAUUUCCCGCCAAAAAUUCAUGGAUUACUGUUAUUUUUCGCGCCAUUUUUUAAAAAUUAAAAAUUUUUUUUUGAAAUUUUGAAUUUCCCCCAAAAAUUCAUGGAUUACUGUAUUUUUUCCCGCCAUUUUUUGAAAAUUCAAAUUUUUUUUGAAAUUUUGAAUUUCCCGCCAAAAAUUCAUGGAUUACUGUACUUUUUCCCGCCAUUUCUCAAAAAUUUAAAUUUUUUUUUGAAAUUUUGAAUUUCCCCCCAAAAUUCAUGGAUUACUGUACUUUUUCCCGCCAUUUUUCAAAAAUUCAAAAAUUUUUCUGUUUCAGAAAAUCUUCGCUCUCUUCUCGACACAAUAACCAUUGGAGCAUGUGCAAUCACAAAAUGCAAUUUCAAUUCCCUAAAACCACUUUCGCUUCUAAUUCAGGUAUGUUCCUUUAAAAAAAACACUACAGUACCCCGCAAUUUUUUACGCGAAAAAUCCGCGUUUUUUGACACCAAACGUGGAUUUUUCGCGCCCAAAAUUACAGUACCCCACCCCACUUUUUUCAGAGCCUUGGUGAGCAUGUUCCCGAUAUUUUGCUCAAAAACAACUACAGUAUCCUCCAACUUCUAUCACAUGAUUCUGCAAUUAUGAGAUCGGCUGGACUUACAGUACUCUAUGAUAUUUUGAAAUCCGAAUUUUUGACCGACGCAAUUUGUAAACAAUUUGAGAAUCGUAAAAAGCAGAGAAUGUUGUUGUUUCAUAAAUUGAUGGUGAGUGGGGUUUUUUGGGCUGAAAUGAGCUGAAAUUCGAGGAUUUUGACCUGAAAUUACCCAAAAUCGCGAAAUUUUGACCCAUAGGGAAGGUUCCUUGAAAAAUUGGCUUCCAAGGCGUGGCUGCUUGAUAGCUAUGUUUUCUAGGAGCCACUCCUUGCCAGAGUGGAUCACUAGCAGCCACUACUGGACAGCUAGGGUUUCUAGGCGCCGCUCCUAGAUAGCUAUGGUUUCUAGGCGUGGCUGCUUGACGUAGCAGUUCUCAAGGCGCGGGUCCUUUCCAUAGUGCUUCUCAAGGCGCGAUUCCUUGUCAGAGUGGAUCUCAAGGCGUGGCUACUUGCCAGAGGGUUGUUCAAGGCUCGGCUACUUGCCAGAGAGUUGUUCAAGGCGCGAUGCCUUGUCAGAAUGAUUUUCAAGGGGCUGCUUGACAGAGCGGUUCUCAAGGCGCCGGUCCUAUUCAAUUAGGCUUUUCAAGGCUCGGCUACUUGCCAGAGGGUUGUUCAAGGCUUGGCUGCUUGCCAGAGGGGUUCUCAAAGCGCGAUGCCUUGUCAUAGUGGUUUUCAAGGCGCGGGUCCUAGAUAGCUAUGGUUUCUAGGCGUGGCUGCUUGUCAUAGUGGAUCUUAAGGCUUCGCUGCUUGCCAGAGUGGAUCUCUAGCAGCCACUACUUGACAGCUAUGGUUUCUAGGCGUGGCUACUUGUCAUAGUGGAUCUCAAGGCGCGGGUCCUUCCCAUAGUGCUUCUCAAGGCGUGUCUGCUUGUCAGACGGUUGUUCAAGGCGCGAUGUCUUGUCAGAGUGGUUUUCAAGGCGCCGGUCCUAGACAGCAGCCACUACUGGACAGCUAUGGUUUCUAGGCGUGGCUGGUUGACAUAGCAGUUCUCAAGGCUUGGCUGCUUGCCAGAGCGGUUCUCAAAGCGCGAUCCCUUGUCAGAGUGCAUCUCUAGGCGCCGGUUCCAGAUAGCUAUGUUUUCUAGACUUGGCUGCUUGGCAUAGCGGAUCUCUAGCAGCCACUACUUGACAGCCAUGUUUUCUAAGAGCCCCUCCUUCCCUUAGUGAUUCUCAAGGAGCGAUUCCUUGACAAUUUUUUUUAUCUCAAGGCUUAACCACUUGACAACUAUGGUUUCAAGGCUCGGCUGCUUGACACCGAUCAUCUCUAGGCGCCACACCUAUCCACUGAUUUUUGCAGGGUCACCUUCACGAUUCGCACGCUCAAACUCGCGCCAAAACCGUCGGAUUAUUCACGAAAUUAAUGGAAGGCGGAAGUAUCAUUCCAAUCGAAAUUCAAUCAAAUGGACUGAUUAGUUUGAUGGCGAAUCGAUUAAAUGAUAAAUCAGUGAUGGUUCGCAAAAAUGCCGUCACGUUUUUGACGACUUUUUUGACCUACAAUGCGUUUGGACAUGAUGUGAGUUGGCAUUUUUUCGAUUUUUCCGCGUAUUUUGGUACAAAAUGUGAAAAUUUCGGUUUUUCACAGUUUUGAUAGUAAAUAUGCCGAAAUUUGGCUUAAAAAAUCGAAUUUCUGAUUUGAUUUGAUUAUUUUUUGUUUUAUUAUUCAUUUUUUUUGUUUUUCCUAUGAUUUCCCAGUUUUUUUUUCAGACAAAAUAUGCGAUUUUCAGUGAUUUUCGUGCUCUUCCAGCUUCCCCUGGCACUUUUAACAACUCCGGCUCAAAAACUUGCGCAAGGAUUCGUAAUUUCAGUUUUGGAGCAUUUUUCGACCAAUAAUGACUCGAUUUUUCAUCCGUAUUUUUGGAGAAAUCGAGAAAAUCUGAAAUUUUCAGCGAACGAACGAAAAUCGGAUGUUUUUGCAGAUUUUGAUGGUGUUUUAGGAUGGAAUGAUGAGGAUUGGCAAAAUAUAUUUUGGAAAAAUGGAUCUAGCGCGAAAUUUAAUUUGGAAGGAAGAUUGGAAGUGAAAUUUGAUAAUGGAUUUGAAAUGGUUGGAAUUCAAAGUGAAGGAAUCAAGGGAGGAUUCAGGAUUUCGAGUUUGAAAUUAGCUGAUUUUAAUUAAUUGAUUUUUUCAAAAUUGAAAUAAAGGGUUUUGUUGGCUUUUUGGAUGUUGCAAUGAAAAAUAUUGAAAAAUUUGAGAACAAUUGAGAUUUUUAAGCUUAAAAUAUUCAAAACAUAAAGUUCAAAAAUUUCGAGAAAUAAUGUUAAAAAUUUGGACCUUUAUCAUUCAAAAAGUUUAAAAAAAACUCUAAAAAAUGUAUUCUUGAAAAGUAUCCAGAAAAAAAUGAUCCUGGAAUUAUUUUAAUUAAAAAAAUUUGAAUUUUGAAACAUCACACCUUUUUUGGUUGAAAAAUUACGAAACUCAAAUUUUGGCUCUGAAAAUCGCCCAGAACUUUAAAAAAUUCGGAAAAAUGAAAUUUCGGUACCAAAAAUUCCAGAAAAUUUUAAAUUGAGAAUAAUCAAGAAAAUUUGGGUUAUAAUUAACCUAUAUCAAAAAAAUCAUGAAUUUUUCCUGAAAAAUCCCAAAAACAUAGAAAUUUCAAAAUUGACUGAAAUUUCUUUUAAAAUUCUCUAAAUACGUUCAAAUCUCUGAAAAUUUAUUUAAAAAUAAUUAAUUUUUCCUGAAAAAUCGCAAAAAAAAAAUAGAAUUUUCGAAAUUGACUAAAAUUUCUCUAAAUAUGUUCAAAUCUCUGAAAAUAUAUCUAAAAAUCAUGAAUUUUUCGUUUAAAAAAAUCCCGAAAACAUAGAAAUUUCAAAAUUGACUAAAAUUUCUCUAAAUACGUUCAAAUAUCUGAAAAUGUAUCCAAAAAUCAUGAAUUUUUCGUUAAAAAAAAUCCCGGAAACAUAGAAAUUUCAAAAUUGACUAAAACGUUCAAAUCUCUGAAAAUAUAUCUAAAAAUCAUGAAUUUUUCCUGAAAAAUCGCAAAAAAAAAAGAAUUUUCGAAAUUGACUAAAAUUUCUCUAAAUACGUUCAAAUAUCUAAAAAUAUAUCUAAAAAUCAUGAUUUUUUUCUGAAAAAUCCCGAAAACAUUUUUAAAAUUGACUAAAACGUUCAAAUCUCUGAAAAUUUAUUUAAAAACAAUUUAUUUUUCCUGAAAAAUCGCAAAAAAAAUAGAUUUUUCGAAAUUGACUAAAAUUUCUCUAAAUACGUUCAAAUCUCUGAAAAUUUAUUUAAAAAUAAUUUAUUUUUCCUGAAAAAUCGCAAAAAAAAAAGAAUUUUCGAAAUUGACUAAAAUUUCUCUAAAUACGUUCAAAUAUCUGAAAAUAUAUCUAAAAAUCAUGAUUUUUUUCUGAAAAAUCCCGAAAACAUUUUUAAAAUUGACUAAAACGUUCAAAUCUCUGAAAAUUUAUUUAAAAAUAAUUUAUUUUUCCUGAAAAAUCGCAAAAAAAAAAAGAAUUUUCGAAAUUGACUAAAAUUUCUCUAAAUACGUUCAAAUAUCUGAAAAUAUAUCUAAAAAUCAUGAUUUUUUUCGAAAAAUCCCGAAAACAUUUUUAAAAUUGACUAAAACGUUCAAAUCUCUGAAAAUUUAUUUAAAAAUAAUUUAUUUUUCCUGAAAAAUCGCAAAAAAAAUAGAUUUUUUCGAAAUUGACUAAAAUUUCUCUAAAUAUGUUCAAAUCUCUGAAAAUAUAUCUAAAAAUCAUGAAUUUUUCGUUUAAAAAAAUCCCGAAAACAUAGAAAUUUCAAAAUUGACUAAAAUUUCUCUAAAUACGUUCAAAUAUCUGAAAAUGUAUCCAAAAAUCAUGAAUUUUUCGUUAAAAAAAUCCCGGAAACAUAGAAAUUUCAAAAUUGACUAAAACGUUCAAAUCUCUGAAAAUAUAUCUAAAAAUCAUGAAUUUUUCCUGAAAAAUCGCAAAAAAAAAGAAUUUUCGAAAUUGACUAAAAUUUCUCUAAAUACGUUCAAAUAUCUAAAAAUAUAUCUAAAAAUCAUGAUUUUUUUCUGAAAAAUCCCGAAAACAUUUUUAAAAUUGACUAAAACGUUCAAAUCUCUGAAAAUUUAUUUAAAAACAAUUUAUUUUUCCUGAAAAAUCGCAAAAAAAAUAGAUUUUUCGAAAUUGACUAAAAUUUCUCUAAAUACGUUCAAAUCUCUGAAAAUUUAUUUAAAAAUAAUUUAUUUUUCCUGAAAAAUCGCAAAAAAAAAAAGAAUUUUCGAAAUUGACUAAAAUUUCUCUAAAUACGUUCAAAUAUCUGAAAAUAUAUCUAAAAAUCAUGAUUUUUUUCUGAAAAAUCCAGAAAACAUUUUUAAAAUUGACUAAAACGUUCAAAUCUCUGAAAAUUUAUUUAAAAAUAAUUUAUUUUUCCUGAAAAAUCGCAAAAAAAAAAAGAAUUUUCGAAAUUGACUAAAAUUUCUCUAAAUACGUUCAAAUAUCUGAAAAUAUAUCUAAAAAUCAUGAUUUUUUUCUGAAAAAUCCCGAAAACAUUUUUAAAAUUGACUAAAACGUUCAAAUCUCUGAAAAUUUAUUUAAAAAUAAUUUAUUUUUCCUGAAAAAUCGCAAAAAAAAAAUAGAUUUUUCGAAAUUGACUAAAAUUUCUCUAAAUACGUUCAAAUCUCUGAAAAUAUAUCUGAAAAUCAUGAUUUUUUUCUGAAAAAUCGCCUAAAAAACCUAGAAAAUUUCAGAAAAAUAUGAAAUUUCGCAAAAAUCCCAGAAAAUUUUAAAUUGAGAAUAAUCAAGAAAAUUAGGGUUAAAAUUAACCUAUAUUUGGAAAUCAUGAAUUUUUCCUGAAAAAUCCCAAAAACAUAGAAAUUUCAAAAUUGACUGAAAUUUUUCUUGAAAUUCUCUAAAUACGUUCAAAUCUCUGAAAAUUUAUUUAAAAAUAAUUUAUUUUUCCUGAAAAAUCGCAAAAAAAAUAGAAUUUUCGAAAUUGACUAAAAUUUCUCUAAAUAUGUUCAAAUCUCUGAAAAUAUAUCUAAAAAUCAUGAAUUUUUCGUUAAAAAAAAUCCCGAAAACAUAGAAAUUUCAAAAUUGACUAAAAUUUCUCUAAAUAUGUUCAAAUCUCUGAAAAUAUAUCUGAAAAUCAUGAAUUUUUCGUUAAAAAAAUCCCAAAAACAUAGAAAUUUCAAAAUUGACUGAAAUUUUUCUUGAAAUUCUCUAAAUACGUUCAAAUCUCUGAAAAUUUAUUUAAAAAUAAUUUAUUUUUCCUGAAAAAUCGCAAAAAAAAAUAGAAUUUUCGAAAUUGACUAAAAUUUCUCUAAAUAUGUUCAAAUCUCUGAAAAUAUAUCUGAAAAUCAUGAAUUUUUCGUUAAAAAAAAUCCCGAAAACAUAGAAAUUUCAAAAUUGACUAAAAUUUCUCUAAAUACGUUCAAAUCUCUGAAAAUUUAUUUAAAAAUAAUUAAUUUUUCCUGAAAAAUCGCAAAAAAAUAGAAAUUUCAAAAUUGACUAAAACGUUCAAAUCUCUGAAAAUAUAUCUGAAAAUCAUGAAUUUUUCCUGAAAAAUCGCAAAAAAAAAAAGAAUUUUCGAAAUUGACUAAAAUUUCUCUAAAUACGUUCAAAUCUCUGAAAAUAUAUCUAAAAAUCAUGAUUUUUUUCUGAAAAAUCCCUAAAAAAAAACCUAGAAAAUUUCAGAAAAAUAUGAAAUUUCGCAAAAAUCCCAGAAAAUUUUAAAUUGAGAAUAAUAAAUCAAGACAAUUACGGUUAUAAUUGACCUAUAUUGAAAAAUCAUGAAUUUUUCCUGAAAAAUCGCAAAAAAUAGAAUUUUCGAAAUUGACUGCAAUUUCUCUAAAUACGUUCAAAUAUCUGAAAAUCAUGAAUUUUUUCUGAAAACCCUAAAAACCUCUCAAAAAUCCCCAAAUUUUUACAGUUCAAUUAUUCAAUAGUAAUCGACAAGCUCCGCGCCUUGCUCCGCGAGAAAAAACUCAUGAAAAACCCCGAAAAUUCGAUUGUCGAAGACGUCGCCGCACAAUUCGCCUCAAAAGAUAUGGCACUAAAAAUCGAGAUUCGCGAGCAAAUCGAUAAAUAUGUUAAUGGACAAGCUUUUGGUGACGAGGAAAUUGAUGGACACCGGCUUAUUGAGUGAGUUGGGGCCUUUAAAAAAAGCCUAGAGCCUAGAAAGCCCUAAAAAACCCAAUAAAUUUUCAGCAAAUAUGAGCAAUGUGUUGAAAGAGUUUUGGAUAGACCACAAGUUUCGGUGGUGAUUUUAAUGCAUAUUUAUGCGUCGAAAAAUUGGUUGCCUUUGUGAGUUUUAAUUAAUUACCUUAGUAAUUAGGGCGUAAUUAAGUAAUUAAUUGCAGACUUGACGAAAGUCAGACGAUUGAAGAGCAAAAAUCAACAAUGCAAGCGUGGCUCUACAAUAAGAUCAAUGAUGAUUAUAUUAAUAAUGAGGUGGGUUUUUGGCUGAAAAUCCCGCUUUUUGGCUGAAAAUUUCGAGAUUUUCAGCAAUUUUCAACCCAAAAUAUCAAUUCCAGAUCCGAAAACAUAACCUAAACGACGAGGAGAUGGUUCUAGAAGAGCAGAGAGUUGAGGAUUAUCGAGCCAAACAGUUGGAAAUCAAGCUAGCUAUUGAUAUGUGCAAGGUAGGACCCGAAAAUUUGGAUUUUUCGUGUGAUUUUGGUCCAGGGAGUACUGUAGAACUGCAAAAUUUUGCAGUUGUACAGUAUUCCGGACUGCGAAACCUUAGAAAAAACUGAUGAAAAAGUUUAUUUUUGAGCCCAAGCUCCUUAAGCCUAAGCUAAAUUUCUUUAAGCCCAAGGUCCUUAAGCCUAAGCUAAAUUUCAUCAGGCCUAAGGUCCUUAAGCCUAAGCCCAAGGUCCUCAAGCCUAAGGUACUUAAGCCUAAAGCCCUUGAGACUAAAGCCCGUAAGCUUGAGGUCCUUAAUAAGCCUAAGCUAAAAAAUGUUUCUAAGCCUAAGGCCCUCGAGACUAAAGGCCGUGAGCCUAAGGUCCUUAAGCCCAAGCCUAAUUUCUUCAAGCCUAAGGUCCUUAAGCCUAAGAUCCACAACUUUAAGGUUCGUAAGCCUAAGCUUGAGAUUCUUAAGACUAAGCCUAAGAUCCAUAAACCUAAGCUUAAGAUAUUUAAGCCUAAGCCUAAGUCCAACAAUAAUGUCUCUAAGCCUAAGCCUAAGUCUAAGCUCCUUAAGCCUAAGAUCCACAACCUUAAAGUUCUUAAGGCUAAAACUUAGCCAAAAACCGUACCCUAAGCCUAAAAGGUCCUCCCUUAAUUUCUUAAUUAUUCCAGAACAAACUCUGUGUUGAAGAAGAGCUCUCAAAAUGUGUGCAAUACUCCCUACGAAGUGUAAUAAUGGGUGAAUUAUCCGAAAUGAAAGAAAGCAUCAAAUUCCUAGCCAAAUGCAAACAAUUCAAUAUUCGCGGAGCUGAAAAUGCAAUUCGAUCGAUGUGCUCAUUAGUAUGGAGAAAUUCGCUGGAAAUCCGAAAGGAACUAUUAGAAGCGGCCACAGAUAUGUUUAUUAGCAAGUAUUCGUGAGUUUUGGGUGGAAAAUGAGCCAAAACUACGGUUUUUUUGGCUCAAAAUCAUGAAAAAUGAUACCAAAAAUGCUGAAAAUCAUCAUUUUUUGGUCAAAAAUCGCGAAUCUUUGCAGAAAUCUCAAUGAAAAAGAGCGAAUUCGCGAAGAAUCCACCGUAACCAAUCUGAUGAACGCAAUGAAAGAUAUCAAUGAAUCGGAUCGUUGUUCAGUGGAAGAAGUCAUCUAUUUGUUAGCGCAAAAAGACCUGUUCACACCAGGAGUCAUUCAAAAAUUGUGGGCAAUUGCGUCGGGAAUCAAUCGAGAUACGGUGGUGAGAAUUGAUGCGCUGAGGAUUUUGUAUGCGAUUACGAGAUCGGAGUGAGUUUUUUGCGGGUGAAAUAAUUUUGAGCUUCUGGGCUCAAAAAUCGUAAAAAUUGGACAAUUUUGAGCCCUGGAGCAUGUUUUUGAGCUUCUGGGCUCAAAAUUACUAAAAACCAUGAAAAUCGGUGAAUUUUUGAGCCCUGGAGCAUAUUUUCAAGCUUCUGGGCUCAAAAAUGACCAAAAAUCAUGAAUUUUUUCGAAUUUUGAGCCCUGGAGCAUGUUUUUGAGCUUCUGGGCUCAAAAAUGACUAAAAAUUCGAUUUUUUGUUCAAAAAUGACCUCAAAUCGUGAAAAUUGGACAAUUUUGAGCCUUGGAGCAUGUUUUUAAGCUUCUUGGCUCAGAAAUGACCAAAAAUCAAUUUUUUGCUCAAAAAUUAUCUAAAAACCAGGAAAAUCGGUGAAUUUUGAGCCUUAGAGCAUAUUUUUAAGCUUCAGGGCUCAGAAAUGACCAAAAAUCAUGAUUUUUGACCUAAAAUUACUCAAAAAUGGUAGAAAUUUUGGACAAUUUUGAGCCCUGGAGCAUGUUUUUGAGCUUCUGGGCUCAAAAAUCAUGAGAAUUUGCCGAAUUUUGAGCUCUAGAGCUUAUUUCUAAGCUUCUGGGCUCAAAAUCACCUAAAAUUCAUGAAUUUCGACCUAAAAUUAACCUAAAUUCAACCCAAAUCCCUUAAAACCCAAGUUUCCCUCCAGAAAUGGAGUUGUUGAAUCGCGACAAAGACUUCGAACACUUCAACGAAUGCUAUCAUUGGAAACACCGCUGGCAUUCGAAGCACUAAGAGUUGUAUCGGUUUUGCACACACCGGUGAGUUACUGUACAUUUUUUGGCGCGAAAAUUUGGAGAAUUUUGAGACUAAAUAUGUCUAGGGUUACUUUUGCCACGUCAUAGCUAUGUUAUUUUUUUGCAGACCUCCUCUGCUUCUGACGUCAACACUCCGAUCUUCCAAAUUCCAAACGACGAUUCAUUUUUCCGAAGUUUGGAACAAUUAUUCAUCUACGAGAUGUUGAGAGAUUCAGACGAUCAGAAUUGGUUUGGAAUUUGUCAAGUUACGAUAACUAUCAUCCUGAAUAUCGCCAAAGAUGUCAACGAAUUAUUGCCGAAAUUUGCAAGUGUGGUAUGUUUUUUGACACGAAAUGAGCCAAAAAUCAUCGUUUUUUUGCUUACAGUUCCUCUACCGUGCUCGGCGAGCCUCUGAAUUCUACCUAUUCUACAAAAAAACGGCUGAAAAUCAGCGUAGCUCCUCUGAAACGCGCAAAAAAUGCGCGGAACAACGCAGAGACUAUUGGGCGAGAUUGUGGUGUCGAAUAAUUGAGAGAUUGGUGGCAUUCAUUGGCGAAAUCGCGGUUCGAAUCAAUGGAUUCAUUCAAUUGAAUAUUCCCAAGAUUCAUGCGAAUUAUGAGGCGAAAAUGCGGUUUGCGCAUAAGGUAUGGGGAAUUUUUCGGGGCGAAAUGAGCUUUUUUGCUCUACCAAACCCAUUUUUGGGGCUGAAAAUGCGAUUUUUGGGACGAAAAUUGUGAUUUUUUAGCUCAGAAUUGGUGAAAAAUCGGGAAAUUUGAGUUAAAUUCGAUGUUUUUUAACCUUCGGACGAAAAAAUGACGAAAUUAGGAGAAAAUUUACGAUUUUUCAACAGAAAAUCGUGAAAAUUGACCGAAAUUUGGUCUUGUGACGAAAAACGUUAAAAUUCACACAGUUCAACACGAAAAUUAUGAAUUUAGCAUCAAAAUUUGACCAAAUUGAUGAAAAUUUAGGGUUUUCGAAAUUAAAUACGUGAAAAAUCGUGAAAUUUGACCAAAACUAUGUCUUGAAGUGUGAAUUUCUCGAAAACUGGCUAAAUUUGGACCUGGGACGUGAAAGUAGCGAAAUUUUCAGUCAAGAAACCGAAAUUUUCAGUCAAGAAACCGAAUUUUGAUGAAAAAUCACAUAUUUCUAUCAAAAGUUCAGAUCUGGACUCUAGAAGCGCUAAAUUCGAUUUUUUUAACCUUCGGACGAAAAUUGACCAAAAUAUAGUCUCAGGACGAAAAAAUGACGAAUUUAGAAGCAAAUUUACGAUUUUUCAACAGAAAAUCGCGAAAAUUGACCGAAAUCUAGGUCUCGAGACGAAAACAUUGAAAUUCACACAGUUCAACCCGAAAACUAUGAAUUUUGCAUCAAAAUUUGACCAAACUGAUGAAAAUUUAGGGUUUUCGAAAUGAAAUACGUGAAAAAUGGUAAAAUUUGACCAAAACUAUGUCUUAAAGUAUGAAUUUCUCGAAAACUGGCUAAAUUUGGACCUGGGACAUGAAAGUAGCGAAAUUUUCAGUCAAGAAACCGAAUUUUUAGCCAGUUUUCGAGAAAUUCACACUUCAAGACAUAGUUUUGGUCAAAUUUCACGAUUUUUCACGUAUUUCAUUUCGAAAACCCUAAAUUUUCAUCAGUUUGGUCAAAUUUUGAUGCUAAAUUCGUAGUUUUCGGGUUGAACUGUGUGAAUUUUAACGUUUUUCGUCACAAGACCUAGAUUUCGGUCAAUUUUCGGGAUUUUUUGUUGAAAAAUCGUGAUUUUUCUGUAAUUUUCAUCUAGUUUCGUCAUUUUUUUCGUCCGAAGGUUUAAAAAAUCGAAUCUAACGCUUCUAGUGUCAAAUUUCUCGAUUUUUCAUCAAUUCUGGGUUCAAAUUUUCGUCUAAAUACAGAACGAAUCAAAUAUCCCGGAAGAACCGGCCCGAUUUUUGGAUGAAAUCGAAAAUACAAUUGUAAAACGACGCCUGAUCUUUGACUAUACUUUGGAAGCGUCACAAGGAGAAUCGGAUAAUUUCAUGCACAGUCUAACGCAAUUAUUUGCCGAAAGACGUGUAUUGAAACCCCAAAAGCUAUUGGGAAGAUUGCUGCCGAUUGUUGUGUAUGCGGUACGGGCUGAGAAUAUUCCGGAGAGGAUUAGGGAUGCCGCAAGUUUUGCGUUUGGCAAAUUUAUGACGUUGAGGUGAGUGGGGUUUUAUUGUUAAAAAUCGCUAUGUGUAGGCUUGCGGCCACGUGGAUUGUUAUGAUAUCCACGUGGCCGCUUCGCGGAAGCUUCCGCAACAGUGGCCACGUGCAUUACUAUGACGUUUGCCAUAUCAUACUAAUCCACGUGGCCGCUAAAGCGGAAGAUAGUGCCGCUAACGCGGAAGCUUGCGGUUUACACUCGCUUCGCUCGAGCGACAAAGUCGCGAGUGUAAACCGCAAGCUUCCGCGAAAAGCGGUCACGCGGAUUGCUAUGACGUGGAAUAUCACUAGGAUUCCAAAUUAUAGCAAUCCACGUGGCCGCUAAAGCGGAAGACAGUGCCGCUGACGCGGAAGCUUGCGGUUUACACUCGCUCCGCUCAGAAAAAACUCGAGCGAAGCGAGUGUAAACCGGAAACUUCCGCGUAAGCGGUUUCGAGCGCUUUGCGCGAGUGUAUGUGCCUAUAAAAGCACCUUAAAGGGACAUAUACCCGCGAAUUUAAACCGCAAGCUUCCGCUUUAGCGGCCACGUGGCGCGGAAGCUUGCGGAAUCCAAUGUUACAGCACAAUUCACGCCGAAUUCGCCGCUCCCACAUUCUUCACGCUGAUGUCAAAAACACCGUAUCCAUUGGUGAGAUCGAAUCUAUUGGUAGCCUGUUCGGAUUUGGCAUUUUCGCAACCCAAUUUGUUCGAAUUGUACUCGAAAGGAUUGUAUCAGAUGUGAGUUUUCGAGCGAAGCGAGUGUAGACCGCAAGAUUCCGCGUAAGCGGCACUGUCUUCCGCUUCAGCGGCCACGUGGAUUUCAAUGACGUGGAAACCUUAGAGAUCAUAGCAAUCCACGUGUCCGCUUACGCGGAGGCUAGCGGUCUACACUCGUCCUAAAUUGAAUUCUAGGUCACGUGACAUCGAACCGGCAACCCGUGAAUCAGCAAUCCUAGUCCUGUCCCAUCUCAUGUCAAACGAUAUGAUCCAAAUUCGAAGUCUCAUCAUCGACCCGGUUCGUUGUAUUGGAGACGACAAUCCGGCAGUGGCCAAAAUUGCGACGAGCUUCUUUGCGGAUCUGAAUCGACGUGGCGAAUCGAUUCAUCAAUAUCUACCCGAAUUUAUGUUUGAUCUAUCGUCGCCGACCGAAAGAUUGCCUUUUGCGAAUUAUGAGAGGAUUUUUGAGUGGGUUUUGCGGGGGAAUUUGAGCCGAAAUUCGAAAAUUUUGCAUCUGGAUACUAGGUUUUCUUGAAAAAAAAUGAUUUCCACGUUUUUCGAGGCAAAACCUAAAUUCCAAAGGCACAAUUUUGACUGAUGAAAAUUUUCAGCAAAAUUAACCCAAAUCCUAUAAUUUUGCAGAUUCUUGAUCGGAUUGGUUCGUGAAAAAAGUCGUACACUAGCUGACACAGCUCUGGAGAGAAUCUUCUAUAAAUUUGCCACGUCAGAGUGAGUUUUUUGCCAAGUCAAAGCUAUCCGCGUAAGCGGCACUAUCUUCCGCUUCAGCGGCCACGUGGAUUUCUAUGAUCCCUUGCCACGUCAUAGUAAGCCACGUGGCCGCUAAAGCGGAAGAUAGUGCCGCUGACGCGGAAGCUUGCGGUCUACACUCGCUCCGCUCGAACCGAGCGCUGUGCGCGAGUGUAGACCGCAAGCUUCCGCGUUAGCGGCCACGUGGAUUUCCAUGACGUUUACCUUAUCAUAGCAAUCCACGUGGCCGCUAAAGCGGAAGAUAGUGCCGCUGACGCGGAAGUUUGCGGUCUACACUCGCUCCGCUCGAACCGAGCGCUGUGCGCGAGUGUAGACCGCAAGAUUCCGCGUAAGCGGCACUAUCUUCCGCUUCAGCGGCCCCACGUGGAUUUCUGUGUUCCCCUGCCACGUCGAGCGCUGUGCGCGAGUGUAGACCGCAAGCUUCCGCGUUAGCGGCACUAUCUUCCGCUUCAGCGGUCCCACGUGGAUUGCUAUGAUCCCCUUCCACGUCAUAGCAAUCCACGUGGCCGCUGACGCGGAAGCUUGCGGUUUACACUCGCUUCGCUCGAAAAAUCCCCGAAUUUUGCAGAACCAAAUCGCACCCGGAUGCUCCGAAAUAUCUGGCUUUUAUCGUCUCCAAAUUCACCCUAACCGACAACGCUUUCCAACAUUUCAAACAGUCGAAAACGAAUUGGAGCAAAUUCCUAAAUCACAAAAUUGUGGUGACAGCCAUCAGAGAAUUGCUCACCACAUUCGCCAAAUCGACAAAAUCGGACGAGUUGAAAAAAAGAGGCGGACGAAUUGGUGGCGAAAAUUGA